GGUCGUCGGCGUUCAAAUAACUACAAUAAACGAAAGCGCGUUAGGCAGAAUGAAGAAAAGUGAAUGUUAAACAACCUAACUGAGAACAAAAGAAAAUAUUUAUAUUCGAUAGACAUUCAGGCGUUAGUAAAGUUGCGUCAAAUGACUAACAUCAUUUAAUAAGAUUACAUAAUGGUGUAUCUGAAGCUGUUUUAUUUGUUGUGAACAAUGUGUUUUUGUAGAUAACAGGUUUAAUAUUAUUUAUACAAAUGUUUUUAUUAUUCGACAGGUAACUUGAUCCUGAGUACAGUAGAAACCAAGCUGAACUCUAGCGUAUCAAAUACUAUGUGUUGUAAAGUAUCUGGGUUCAGCUUCCCUUUGUUUUGUGAAGAGGAUGUAGAACGGCUCGAAAAAACAGUUCGAGAAAAUGCAAUAAUUCGUAGGCAAUAUGUCACUUAUUUGCAAUUGGUGAAGCCUUAUCAUUUGUCCGUAGAUGAUGUAUUCAGUAGCUUAUUCACAGAUAUUGCAAUGUACAAUUAUUGGAUGCCGGGACUGUACGAUGAGAGUAUUGUACGAAACAAAAAGAAUAUUGCAGAAUAUAUCAUUUUCAUUAGUUGCAUGCUAGAUGCAUGGAGAUCACAUGGACUUACUCAGGUCAGACUAAUAAACCACCUGCAAACAAUAGUUGCUCAGCUUUCCAAACGACGUCAAAUAUCAAGUCUUAACCGUCGAAAACGAUCUGAACAAAUCCAGCUAAUGUUAAUGAAUGAACGAAAGAAGAAUUAUGUCAUUUUUAUAAAUAAAACGAUUCUUCAAAAAUGGGAAAUUUCCACGAUUGACACACUGAACGACAGAACAGAUUGUGUAACUAAUAUAGACAGCGACAGUGACGAUGAAGAGGAUUUCCCUCAGUACAAAGUACAAACUGGUAUCACGUUCCCCAUAAAAUCCCGAGAGAUGGUUGAACGAUUGGAAAAAGCAGUGCGAUCGGAUCCAACUGUGAGAGAACAAUACGUAAAUCUACUCAGGAAGCAACGUCAACAGACAGAAAAACCUUCUUUUGCUUUUCUUAAAUUGUUUGCCGACAAAGCUUUGCACGAUUAUAACUACAGUGGACGGUGUAACUUUGCUGGUUCUAAAAAGAUAGCCAUGAAAGACUACUGGAUAUUUGCCCAGUGUGUAUCGGAUGCUUGGGGUGACACUGAAAGUGCCGAUGAUAUCCGACAACAUAUUUGCAGCGCAAUUACCUUGGUCAACAAUCGGAAACGCGGUGCACGUUUCAGAAGCAAACGCAAACAAUAGAUUCUUGGGACAUAGGCUUGUUGUUCUGACAACAAUUAAACACUGACGGAAUGUAUUGCAACUUAAAAUGACACUGUGGAAAAAAAGCUGUGUCGUACUUCUCGACAAUUCAUUGUCAUUAAAACGAAUAAGAAAAUUACUAGACAAAAAUAAAUCAAAUGAUCUGCUUGGCGCAGAUGUCAGUGUUAUGUGCGUUGACAAUUGUUAUGGAACAACCAAAUUCUAUGCGUAGUAUUUAUCUUAUAAUCAAACUGAAAUUUAACUACAG